AUCCGUUGGCUCCUCUAGUUCCCUUCUUGGAAAAAUGAUGGGGCGAGAAGAAGCGAGAAAGCCCGAGUCGCGGCUCGCCUCCACGAUCGUGUUCGCCGGCCGAUCUAGGGCUUCCCCAUCCCCCAUCUCCGACCCCGACGACGGCGCCGAUCCUUCCUACCACCGCCACCGCCGAUCCCGCCGGAGCCCUAGAUCCGAGACCCCGCCGCGACGCUCCCUCACCCCCGACCGCUCUCGCCGCCGCGGCCGCGGUGAUGGCUACCGCUGGUCCCCCUCCCACGACCACGCCUCCCGCAACGGGAAGCCCCACGGCGCUGGAGACGGCGACUCCUCCUCCUCCGACGAGGACCUGAAAGGCUUGAGCUACUUCGAGUACCGGCGCCUCAAGCGCCAGAAGCUGAGAAAGAAACUCAAGAAUUGCAUCUGGAGAGUGACUCCCAGCCCUCCCCGGGGUGAGAGGGAGCCAUCGGAGCCCCUGGAUGAACCCAAUGGCGCAACGGAUUCACCUGCCGAGGGGGAGAAGGACGAGGAAGCUGAGGAGAAGAAAGGUGGAAAGGAUCGCAUUGGAAGCUCUGAGUUGGAUGAUUCUGAUGGGAGUGGAUCAACAAAUUCGGCUGUGGAGCGUUCUGAUUCUGAUUCAGAGAGCCCUCCUCGAAAGAGAGGAAGGGGAAGGAAAAGUAGAGAAGGGAGGAGUGAGAGGAAGCAGCGGCACUUGGAUUCGAGCGAGGAUGAUAGCGAGAGUUCAUCUUAUGAGGAUUCAAGCACUGAAUCAGAGAGUUCUUAUGAUUCUCCAAGUGAAGAUGAGGUUGGAAAGCGGAGAAAGAAGAGAUCAAGAAGAAGUGCGCGCAAGAAAUCAAGGAGUGCUAGGAGUGAUAGAAGGAAGAGGAGAAGGAGCAGCAGGGCCACGACUUCUGAUGAGAGUGAAGAGGAAUCUGAUUCUAGCCCAAGACCAAAGAAAAGGUCCUCAAGGAGGAGCAAGAAAAGCAAAAGGUCCAUGUCUGAGAGCUCUUCAGAUUUGGAUGGUGAUGCCCGGCAGGCUGAUGCGAAGAAACCUGAGAUUGAUCCUGAAGCCCUCAAGUUCAAAGAGAUGCUAGAGUCCCACAAGAAGCCUGCAUUGGACAAUGAGCCAUUUGUGGGGCCAGUACCUCUUCCACGAGCUGAAGGACACAUAAGCUAUGGUGGGGCACUGAGGCCAGGAGAAGGUGAUGCAAUUGCACAGUAUGUGCAGCAAGGAAAGCGUAUCCCAAGGAGAGGAGAGGUUGGUCUCUCGGCAGAGGAGAUCCAGAAAUUCGAGAGCUUGGGGUAUGUGAUGAGUGGUAGCAGGCAUCAGAGGAUGAAUGCUAUUCGUAUCAGGAAAGAAAACCAGGUUUAUAGUGCAGAGGACAAGCGGGCAUUGGCGAUGUUUAAUUAUGAAGAGAAGGCAAAACGUGAAGCCAAGGUUAUGGUGGACCUGCAGCGGCUGGUGCACAAGCAUAUUGGGCAGGACAUGGGCCCUACACAUGAUCCAUUUGCACCAAAGGCCUCAGAUGCUGCUGAUUCUUGAAUCUGUCGACCAUAUAGCUUUUUCAUGAAUGAUCUUAAGCCUGGAUCAGAACACAAGCUUGUGAUGCCUUUCAUGUGGUAGCUUGGAAAUUUCACCUCAUCAGAAAAAGCGUGCCGUUGCCUCUUUGCCAGCUCCAGUUCUAGACUUGCAGUUAUAAUAUGCUGAGAACCUUAUUCAAACAGCCUUAUAUUAAAUGUGGUGAUUAUUAUGUAAUGUUAGCCUUCUAGUCACCUAAAGACUAUGGUAAAAAUGUGUUCUAGAGCUUCAAACAGAGAUAAUGGCUCGUAAAAUUUGGCACUUCAUUAAAAAACCGUUGUGCUUUCUCACGUAGAUGAUGUUAUAUAUGUUGUUGUGGUGAAAAAUAUGAGGCUAUGACAAGCGUCAUGCAUACUCAAGCUUCUGU